CAGUGCAGAAUACGUAACUCCUGCUCUUGAAUGUUCCUCCCACCAUUCUCCACUCUCCACGUAUGGAAACCAAAACUAGUUGAAUGGUUUGACGAUGCUCCGCUGCAGCAAAUCCCUUAUAUUCCGGAACCCUCAGGUAGAGCAACUCCACUUAUGGCCCAGAAGAAGAAAUGGCAUUAAUCUACUACACGGAACACGACGACCCACCCAGCUUCCUCUUCUUCUACAUCCUAAUACUCUUCCUCUUCAUUUACAUUCUCUUCCGAUUCGCUAUUUUAUUCCUAUUCCUAGUCCUCCUCUAUGUCCUCUGCUUCGACCUCGUACACAUUCUCUCUCAUCUCCUAUGUCCUCCUUAGCCACUCCACCUCCCGAAUCCAAUUCCAAUCCCCCCACUAAAACCGAAAGGGUUGCGAUAAAGGGAAGAGUGCAGGGGGUUUUCUACCGGGAUUGGACUGUGCAAAAUGCCACGGAGUUGGGGUUGAAGGGCUGGGUUCGCAACCGACGGGAUGGCUCAGUGGAGGCCUUGUUUUCAGGGCCUCCCGAGAAGGUUCAGGAGAUGGAGCAGCGGUGUCGGAGGGGCCCACCUGCUGCAGCUGUCACUGGCUUCCGGACAUUUCCUUGUACUGACGACCCGGGGACAGGGUUUGAGCGAAGGCCAACUGUUUGAUCAAAUGCCCUCCUCCCGACGGAGGCAGAGAAUAAAUGCUGCUACUUAUACUGCCAGUAUUAUUAGUGGAAAUAAAUGCUCUGCCGGUUUGGCUUAGGAGAGGGAAGAAAAUAUUUGUUUUUCGGUACUUUUAAGUUCAUUAAACACCUACACAAGUAUUAGAUGUUUUGGGUGUUCUUAAAUAAAAUAAAUAUCAGGGCGGCGCUAAACCCUGUAUUAUGUAUACUGA